GCCCACCAAUCAUAGGCGAUUCUACUUCGCUGCCUUGGGCUCUUUUAAAGAGUGAUUGAGAGGGGAUUUUCUUCAGUACUGUAGGUGUGUUUGGGGAUCCAGCAGUGGAAUAAGGAGGGUGCAAGGUUGCACAGCAAACUGAAAAUGGCAAAAAGUGAUACUGGUGCACGAUGUUUCCAAGGCUUGCUCAUCAUGGGGAAUGUCGUCAUGGGGUGUUGUGGCCUUGCACUCAUGGCAGAGUGUAUAUUCUUCGUGUCAGAUCAGCAAUCACUUUAUCCAUUGUUGGAGGCUACUGACAAUGAUGACAUCUAUGGUGCUGCCUGGAUUGGGAUCUUCACUGGCUUCGCUUUCUUUUGUAUGGCAGUCCUUGGAAUUGUUGGUGUCGUGAAGUCAAAUAGGACAAUGCUAUUGGUGUAUAUCAUCCUGCUGAUGAUAGUCUUUGCCUUUGAAGUUGCCUCCAGCAUCACAGCAGUUGUGCAUCGAGACUUUCUCACCCCCAAUCUCUUCUUGAAGCAAAUGUUGGAAAAAUACCAGAAUCCAGACCCCAUCAACAAUGACGACAAGUGGAAGAGUGAAGGGGUCACCAGGACAUGGGAUCGGCUCAUGUUGCAGAAUCACUGCUGUGGUGUGGAAGGCCCAUCAGACUGGCAAACAUAUAACUCUGUAUUUAGAAAAAGGAAUCAAGAUGCAGAUUUUCCUUGGCCACGCCAGUGUUGCGUAAUGGAUAUUCUAGGAAAAUCAACCAACGUGGAUGCCUGCAAACUGGGGGUGGAUGGCUAUUACCAUAAAGAUGGCUGCUAUCCAAUCAUCUCUGGCCCAAUGGACAGACAUGCUUGGGGUGUUGCCUGGUUUGGUUUCGCCAUUCUGUGCUGGACUACUUGGGUCCUUCUUUGUACCAUGUUCUACUGGAGCAGAAUCGAGUAUUAAAGAAGCAGUAUCCUACCAACCGGUCCUCCUUGGAGUUGAC